CAACGGACAAAUUUUACCAAAGCCUACGACCCUCAUACAUCCAUGCAUUUCUUUAUCAUUUCUUCUUUAUUUCUGUGUUCAUCCUUCUUGUUAUUUAAUGUUGUCACCGAUCCACAUGACUCCUCUCUCUCUUCUUCUCUUAAAUCCUUGUGUCCACAGUCGUCGUGCCCUUGAAGUUAAGAAAUCUCUCGAGCUUUUCCUCUCUCUCUCUUGUCUUCUUUCCUUUGUCCGGAGAGAAACUUUUUCAUCCGUAAUCGCAAAGGUUUGAUAAUUAACUUUUUAUUCUUCUCUUUUCUAGCUCCAUGAUGCCAUUACUUCUUUUUACCGUUUUAAACACUAUAUAUCAUCACUUUCUCAUCAUCAUAUAUUGUGCUUUUUAGGCUUUCUGGAUUGCUAGCUCUAUAGGUUUGUUUUUAUCAUCCUGAAUCCGCUAAAGCAAACAUGGGGUUCGUCAUUUCAGGUUCAAAGAUUAAUAACAACAGUAUCUAUAUAGAAGAUGAUGCCAGCAAAUGGGCAGCUGUCUGUUCCUCCUGGUUUCAGAUUCCAUCCCACAGAUGAGGAGCUUCUUUACUAUUACCUCAGGAAGAAGGUCUCCUAUGAAGCUAUAGAACUUGAUGUCAUCAGGGAGGUGGAUCUCAACAAGCUCGAACCUUGGGACCUUAAAGAUAAAUGCAGAAUAGGUUCAGGUCCUCAAAAUGAGUGGUACUUUUUCAGCCACAAGGACAAGAAAUAUCCAACAGGAACGCGAACAAAUCGAGCAACCACAGCUGGUUUCUGGAAGGCAACAGGGAGGGACAAGGCCAUUCAUCAUACUUCCAACUCUAAGAGGAUUGGAAUGAGAAAAACCCUAGUCUUCUACACUGGACGUGCCCCUCAUGGCCAGAAGACUGAUUGGAUCAUGCAUGAAUAUCGCCUAGAUGAUGACAACGCUGAAGUUCAAGAAGAUGGGUGGGUGGUCUGCAGGGUUUUCAAGAAGAAAAAUCAUAACAGGCCAGGUUUCCAGACAGAUGUUGGACAAGAUCAAGAACACUUUGCUGAUCACAUCAAGUCUUCAGCUGCUUCUUCGUCUCAAGUGGAAUCAUUAAAGCAAAAUCAUUUGCAAGCAUUGUAUGAUAAUAAUUAUCCAUUUGAACUGCAUCUUCCACAGUUGUUUAGCCCAGAAUCGGCUGUUCCACCAACCUUCAUAUCGCCCGUCUCUCUCAACUCAAUGGAAUUGGAGUGCUCUCAGAGCUUAUUAAGGCUAACAUCCAUUCAGCAGCAACAGCAGCAACAGCAGCAACAGCAGCAGCAGCAGGAGAGGUUCCAUGGUGACUGGUCAUUCCUGGACAAGCUUCUAGCAUCCCACCCCAACAUGGAUCAUCAGUCCCAGAUCAGCAAAGCCAACCAGGUUGUGGGUGUUGGCACUUCCAGUCAGAAAUUCCCAUUUCAAUAUCUUGGCCUUGAGACUGAUAUUUUGAAAUUUUCCAAGUAGAUUUACAUUUUGAACUCAUUAUAAUAUAUAUAAACUUGUUGAGUUAAAUUCUAUAUAUAUGUUUUAGCUAAUUCAUUUAAGUUUUGUUUAAGCUUUAAUUUUCAUUACGUACCAUGAUAUAUCAAUGUAUACAUUCAUGUUUAAGCCACCAAGAACAAUGUUAAUCACUUGAUGGUAAUGUGGUUAAUGGUUAUUUAUCACUGUUUGCAAAUUCUUCAAUUUGCUAAUUAACAUUGAGUACUUAA